AAGUCACAAACAUUGCGACUGUAGUCUACUCCCACUCUCGGGGCAGCACAGACAGGCCAUUAUGUGGACGAGUACCAGCUGGUACCACGGGCUCCUCAUCCUCCUCGGGACUUCAUUUGUUGCUGCCUCUGAAAUCAGGACAUGGAAGUGAAAUCGAAGAGCAAACCUGUGGACGUUCUCCUAGGAUGCAUCGUCGCCAUCUGCUUUUCUGCACUUUGUUCGGCUGAGAGACUGUGCACGGUGCCUCCUGGUCCGGUUUCGGUCCCAGAAAACAACACCGCUGACAUCCAGGUGGUAAAAAUCAUCUCCGGCAGUGAUGUGACUCUGACAGUCUCGGUGAACCCUGAAGAUCUUUUCUACCUGAAGGGGAACCUGCUGAUGGUGAAGAAAGGCCUGGACUAUGAGUCGUUGUCCAGUUCAGCUCUGGUGGUUUGGGUUCACUGCAGCAGAUCAGGCUCCAGAUCUGUGAACGAGUCUGUAGAGGUUCUGGUGGAAAAUGUGAACGAUAACCCUCCAAACUUCGCUCAGAACCACUAUGUUCUGGACGUGAAUGAGCUCAUUCCAGUCAACUCCAGCGUUGGACUGAUAGAAGCUACAGAUGUUGAUUCAGAGCCGCUGUACUAUCGUCUGGAGUCUGCAACAGAUAAAUAUUUCCGUCUGGAGAACAUAAACUCUCCAAAGAUCCUCGUUAAAAGCCUCCUGGACUUUGACGUCAUACAGAAGAUCUCUCUGGUUCUACAUGUUCAGGACACGUUCAACGGUUCGGCCUCCAAUGAGCCGUUCUUCACCUCCGUCGCCACCAUCACGGUGCACGUGAAGGACGUGGACAACCGGCCCCCGUGGUUUCAGCCGUGUCUCCGGAUAAACUCAGGAAACGCCAAACUGUGUGUGAGCAGCGGCUACCGAGGCAAAGUCAACCUCACCGAGAAGGAGGAAGGUCCGCUGGUUCUGGAGCCCGGUCCGGUGUUUGCCAGGGACGGAGACAAGAACAGGAGUGAACAGAUCAGCUACAGAAUCCUGCGAGGAAAUGAAGGAAACAUUUUCCAGAUCGAUGAGGAAACAGGAAACAUCACGAUGACUAAAGCUGCAGAUAUAGUUGGACCAAUAACCCUCACAGUUGUCGCGUCACAGGUGACCAACAGAGAUCAGUUUGCGGUGACUCAGGUGAGCAUCGAGGUGAUGAAGAAGAGCAGGAAUCCUCCUCGCUUUGAGAAGGAGCGAUAUGAAGGAUUUAUCUACAGCAACUCCGUCCCAGAGAGCAUGAUCCUCCGAGACCGGAGCACCAACCGGCCCUUCAGGGUCCGAGCCCGAGACGAGGACUUCGCCGGGGGCGUGAAUCCGGAUGUAAAGUAUGAGGUUCAGUACAGCAGCUACGUCAACGUGACCUCUGAUGGUUUUGUGAUCCUGAAGAGAGUUGUGAAGACGGAGUCCUUCGCGCUUCAGCUCCGAGCCGUGGAUGCUACGACGGGGGAGUCUGGAACUGCAGCUCUCUCUGUCCAGGUCAUUCCAGCUGUGGCCAUACCGUCUCCAUCUAACAUCGGCUACCGUCCAGGUGACAUGGCGCUGCUGGGUCUGAUCAUGGCGGCUCUGCUGGUGCUUUGCCUCAUCGUGAUUGGCUUCUUGAUUUCCCGCUUGUGGAAGGGAAACGCGAGCAUGGACAAAAUAUGUGCGUGCCUGGGCCCCUGCCUGCGCUCCGACCAGCCCCGGUCCGGCCACCGAGACUCGCUCCAGUACACCAACGACGGUUUCCAGAACGAGGCCGACCCGAGCCGAGGAGGAACCAGGCGCUGGAACAACGUCAUGCUCAGACGCAGCACCUUCCCCCAGCCUCGAGGCCGGGUCCUCCCCAUGGACAGACGGAGCCGCCACUGCUCCUCCUGCGGCGUCUACACCAACCACGUCCCCAAGGGAAGCCCCUCGGUGAGACCCGCCAGGAGGGGCCGGGGAGACGGGGACGAGUACAGCAUGAGGUCCAUCCUGACCAAGCAGCGGAGGAGGGAGGGCCAGAAGACGGUGUGGUUCAAGGAGAGCGAGGACUCCUCGGACAUCGAGGUGGAGAUCAUCCCCGACACCGUGGGCCGGGUGGAGGAGGAGACGGAGGAGGAACUGGAGGGGGAGGUGGAGAUGGAGGGUGUAGUCAGAGACCCGGCUGCUCCGCUGAGAGAGUCCGACGGCGGGCAGGAGAACCAGAACACGGAGUCCAGUGAGGAGCAGGACUCUGGGAACGGCAGCUUAGAAAAGGAGAAGGGAAACCAGGAGCAGGAGCGCUGACAGCAGAGGAACUGGACACUGAGCAGAACGCUGUUUGUUUUCUCCUCACUUUGGAUUCUGUUCCUGCAGCAGGCCGGGACGACACGGCAAACAUCUCUGAACAACUGGCAAACCUCAAGAAGGAUCCAAAAAGUAUUUAUCUUCUACUGUGAGUAUCUUAGAUUACAGACUCAGUGGGCAUAACUUUAUACAAAAUAGUCUUGAACAAGGAUACACCACAAGUUAAGAUUUUAUUAUAACACUUAUAUGGAUGAUUUGUUUUCAUAGUUCUGGUUAUCAUUUAUGGCCGUAAUAACAUUAUACUCAUUAAUCCUUAGAGCUUCAGCAGAAAGCAAAUUGACUUUUUUUUCAAGAUUUAAGAUUUAUUAUUUGCCAAACAGACAGUUUGGGCACUUAGAAAUUCUCUCAAUCAAACUAGGAAGUACAAAAAAAUUUCAAAAAAAGAUACUCUACAAGAUUAAUAAAAGAUAAAAUGUGAAAACAUGACAAAUAAA